AUGGAGGAGGAGGUGAAGAACGAGGUAGAGAGAGAGGAGCUGAAGGCAGAAUUGUUCUGGGGCCUGGCCAUGGUAGUGACGUACUCCAGUUGCUGGUACUUUGUCGCUCUGGUCAGUUCAGACUUCUACACCACCCCUGUCGUUAUGUCUGUGGAGACCCGAGCCACAUCUAGCUGGUCCAUCCCCUCCCCAGCCGUCACUGUCUGCACAUCCAGCCACAUCUCUCAUGCCAAGGUGGAUGUCUCAGCACUCUACAAGGAGACCAACCUCAACGAUUCAAUGAAGGCUCGGCUGGACGUUGUGCGUAACCUUUGUGGCCAUGCUGGAGGAGGAUCUGACUAUCUUGAUGAUGAAGCUUUAACCCAUGUAAUUAAAAAUUAUCUGCCGGAUGUACGCAACGUUUUCAUCUCCGUCACCAGGAUGCACAAGAACAUAGAACCUCUCCCGGCGCAUCUACAGACCAUUAUAACUCCGUCGUCAAUCUGCUUCGUCCACAACAUGCUGCCGCUGGAAGCAUUCCUCAGACCUGAGUUUCUGGAAGUGUACAAGAAGUACGGACUGUUGGACGGGAAGAGAGUGGACCACAAUGUGUGGACUCCAGACCUCGGGUAUCAGAGUGAGCGUUAUGACGCUCUACCACUCAGAUUGUGGGGUAACGCGUACUCCAGCAGCACACGGUACUUGCUGAGCGUCCGGGACAAUGACUACGAUGACGUUUGCAGCUUCAACAAUAGGGCGUUCUCGAUAUAUCUUCACAAUCCAGCUGAAAUACCUUGGCGAGUACACAGCAAUAUUUUUCUUAAGACAAAUUACCGAGUCAUGGUUUUCAUAACUCCAGUUGUAACAAGUACUGAUGAUGUGGUGAAGGUAUGGAACCCUAUGAAGAGAGGAUGCUACUUUGAGAGGGAGAGGUAUCUCCGCUACUUUCACAUCUACACGCAGCGCAACUGUGAGAGGGAGUGUGAUUCUAACAACACCUACGCUAACUGCGGCUGCGUCUCGUUUAGCCACCCUAGAAAUUUAUCAAUGCCACUUUGUGGUCAUAGCAGACUGCUAUGUGUGGAGAAAAGUCAAUCUAUGAUGAUCAAGCAGGAGAUGCGAUUGAAAGGCAAGGAUAACUGUCAAUGUCUUCCGUCGUGCAACGAGAUAGACUACUUUCCGGAGAUUCACUGGCGACCCUGGGAGUUCAUGGUUAAUUCUUCCUUCGCCACCAUCCCCGGAAAAGUGGACCUCAACACAACUUCAAUUUCCCUCCUGGCCAUUGCGGUAAAAAAGAAGUACAUGAACAUGACAAAAAGAACUGCUUUAAUGGGUUCUGCAGCAUAUGUUGCCAGCAUUGGAGGGAUUUUGAGUCUUUUCCUUGGCAUCAGCGUGUUGAGCCUCUUCGAAGUUCUGUACUUCAUUACGUUCCGUGCGAUAACCAACAUCUGGAACGUUUAUAAGCAGGAACACCAAUUGGAGAUGAACCAAAGAACAUUGUGGGCGUUCCGAAGCAGGAAAAAUCCUUUCAUACCUUAAUUGUUCAAAUAAUUAUCAUCAAAAACAAUUAUAGUCUAGUUAUAUUUUUUAAUUGUUUUACCUAUACCAAAUGUGACAUUAGUGCGAUAGUUUAUUAUGACUUUCCCUUAGACGAUUCAUCAGUUUUCAAAUAAAUUGAUAAAGAAUGUGGCUUUUCGUUGUAAUUAAGAAGUAAUCAGUGAAUCAUCCAAGCCUUGGUCAAUAAAAAUUUACUAUUAGUAAUGAAUGAUGUUAGAUCAGUAAGAUUAUGAUAACAUCUUAACCGAAUACAUACCUCGAGCUUAGAUUAUAGAUUAGACCUUAGAGUAGGAAUGUCAACAUUCUGUAAAAGAAUAAAGGAAUAAAGUCUAAAAUCAGCAAACUGUAUUAACUAUGGA